AUGGAUAACACAUUCGACUACAACCAAAUAGAUGUGGACGAUUUUGACGACUUUUACAAUUUCUGUACCUUAAAGGAGAAGGAGAAAAAAAAAAAUGGGAAAAAGAUUUCGGAGCAGUUUUUCGAGAGGGAUGUGAAAAAUGGAGAAAACGGGACAGACGACGGAGACGGAGAAGACAGCACGGAUAACUCCUCAGUAGACACCACGACCAUCAAUAACGAAAAGGUGCAUUCCCUCCAGGAGAGAAACAGCUGUGGGGACCGCACUUCCAACAGGUAUGUUAGCAUAUCGAGCGAGGACUACGAACAGGAUAAAAAAAAAAUGUACGAAGAUUACAAUGCCAGGAGGAAGUACCCAAGGGAGGGAAGCCAGUACUCGAACAGCAACUGUGACAGUUACAGCUGUAGUGUUGACAUGACAUGCGUCAGUAAGGGAAAUAAAGAAAAGCCCAAAUAUUUUAGAUGUCGUUACUGUGAAAUGGAUUCUGUGGAUAGUGUGGUUCAGUGCAACACCUGCAGUCGAUGGUUCUGCAAUGGGUCCUAUGGCACGUGUGGUAGCCAUAUUGUUACGCAUCUGGUGAGAUCCAAGCACAAGGAAAUUAAACUGCAUAAGAAAAGCCUACUGGGGGAAACCAUCUUAGAGUGCUACAACUGUGGGUGCAAAAAUGUGUUUCUGUUGGGCUUUCUACCCACCCCCGAGGAGGGAGUCGUCGUCAUUAUAUGCAGGGACCCUUGCUUAGCCAGGUGCAUAUCGCUGAGUGGGAAGGAUCAGGGGAGGGGCGAAAUGGAGCAAGAGGAGGUGAACCAAAAUGGGGGGAAGCCAAAUGGGGGGAAGCCAAUCGAGGAGAAGCCAACCGGGGGGAAGCCAAAUGGGAAGGGAAACGCCGCUGACCUGAAGGACCCCCCGGAGAGAGAGACUAGGAAGGAAAAAAAGAAAGCCCUCCCGUACGAAGAUUUCCACGCGGAAGAGGAGCCAAUUGGCACGGAUGAAGAUGACGUUGCCAGCACGAAGGAAGACACGGACAUGGUAAAGAACAAGGGCUAUCUAAGCAGCGACGAUUUUGGCUACAUGAGUGAGCAGGAGAAGGGGAGCGACGGGGAAGGAAGUUCCAUUGGGGCGUUUGCGGCGAAGAAGAAGAGUCAAAGCGGAAAGGAAAAAACGGAGGAGGAUGUGAUCCAGAAGGAGGACGUGAUCCAGAAGGAGGAUGUGAUCCCUAAGGAGGAUGCGAACCCGAAGGAGGACUCUGAGGCUGUAAGCAGCUAUUGCGCAAGUGUAGGAAACAAUUUAAAGGAACUGAUAAAGAUGAAAGAUUGGGAUUUGAAUAAAUGGCAACCAGUGAUUGAAGACAGGUGUCUACUAGAAUGGCUAGUAAACAUCCCCACAGCGGAAGAAGCAGAAAGAAAGGGGAAAAGAACCACAUCGUAUAAUGUAAAUAAGUUAGAAGAGCUAUGGAAAAAUAAAAAAGAUGUAUAUAUAGAUGAGCUAGAUGCAGAGAUCCUAAAUGAUGAACCCGUUAAGGUAGAGCUAAGGUAUAAAGACGCAUACCAUUAUCAGUCCAUCUUUGCACCAUUAAUUCAGUUGGAGGCAGAUUAUGAUAAAUCCAUAAAGGAGGGUCAGAAGCAAGCUAAUGUAACAGUCCGUUGGGAUAUAGGAUUGAAUAAAAAAAGGUAUGCCCACUUUAUUUACGUGAAGGAGGAAAGUGAACUAAGGUUAGUAGCAGGAGAUGAAUUAAAAUUGUCAUAUACAUACCCAGACGGAACGAUAUGGAGUUGCGAAGGACAUAUUUCUAGGAUUCACAACACGGAGGAAAUAGCCUUAGAAUUAAGAACCUCUAGUACGGCUAAUGGGCCAUGGGUAAAUAACAUAACGACAGGGUACACAGUCGAGUUUGUUUGGAAAAGUACAGCAUAUGAUCGAAUGCAGUUAGCUUUAAAUGAAUUUGCACAAGACUCCUACUCAGUUAGUGGGUAUUUGUAUCAUAAACUACUAGGACAUGAAGUCACAGAGGAGUCACUAAAUUAUUACAAAACGGCAUUGAGCAAUCAGGUGCAUGGGAAGAGAACUCAACGUAUUGUAAAUUAUUCUGCCCCUAACUUAGCUGCACUUAAUCACUCACAAAUUGAUGCUAUAAAGAAAAGCUUGGUUUCUCCCUUGUCUCUAAUUCAAGGACCACCAGGCACAGGAAAAACGUUAACCUGUGCUACUCUGGUGUAUCAUUUGUCCAAAACGAAGAUGGGAAAAGUAUUAGUCACUGCCCCGAGUAACGUUGCUGUAGAUCAGCUUUCUGUAAGGAUACACAAAACUGGACUAAAGGUAGUACGUCUAUGUGCCAAGAGUAGAGAGUACGUACCCAGCAUAGCAGAUUAUUUAUACCUCCAUAAUCAAAUGAAAUUACUAAAAUCAGAUAUAGGAGAAGAACUGAACAAGUUGCUUGAAUUGAAGGAAGAAGUUGGAGAGUUAUCACAAAAGGAUGAAAGGAGAUUAAAAAAAUUAAUUUUUUUUGCAGAAUAUAAAAUAUUGCUAGAGGCAGAUGUGAUAUGUACUACCUGUGUUGGUGCUAUGGAUAAACGAUUGAAACGUUUCCGAUUUAGUCAAGUGUUAGUUGAUGAAGCGACACAGUCAACAGAGCCGGAGUGUUUAGUACCCCUCGUGACAGGAGCCAAACAGAUUGUACUGGUUGGAGACCACUGCCAAUUAGGUCCCAUAAUAGUUUGUAAAAAGGCAGCCAAUGCAGGGUUGGGAAAGAGUCUAUUCGAACGAUUAGUUAUGUUAGGCAUUACGCCCUUUAGGUUAGAAGUCCAAUAUCGUAUGCAUCCAGCAUUAAGUGAAUUCCCAUCAUACGUCUUCUAUGAUGGUUGUCUCCAAAAUGGGAUAACUUUGAAGGAGAGAGAAUAUCCACUAAAGGAUUUCCCAUGGCCGAAUCCAAAAUGUCCUAUGUUUUUUUACAACUCUACGGGGUUGGAAGAAAUGUCUGCUUCUGGGACGAGCUACUUAAACAGAGCAGAAGCAUCCAAUAUGGAGAAGCUAGUGAGGACUCUCAUAAAUUGUGGCUUGAAGCCAACCCAAAUAGGGGUGAUAACACCAUACGAAGGACAAAGAGCUUACAUAACUUCCCUUUUUCAGAAAAACAUUUCAUAUCAACAUUCCACAGAAAUAGAAGUAGCAUCUGUAGAUGCAUUUCAAGGAAGGGAAAAAGACUUCAUCCUUCUCUCCUGUGUUCGAUCGAACAAGAAAUUAGGAAUCGGCUUUUUAAAUGACCCAAGGAGGUUAAAUGUAGCAUUGACGAGGGCCAAGUAUGGAUUAAUCAUAUGUGGUAAUGCGAAGGUACUGUCCAGACAUCACGUUAUGAUAAAAAGAUCUUAUAACUCGAAUGAGACGAUCACGAAUGUGAACUCCGUGUGGAUUAAUCUCCUCAGUCAGUUUAAGAAGAAGGACUUAAUCGUGGAGGGGUGCUUAUCCAAUUUGAAGCCGAUGAACAUUCAUAUACCGACCCCGACCAAGCAGCCGUCGAGGUACAUCAACUUUAGUUACUUCCUGCCCAACGAGAGGCCCCUCCGGGGUGGCGCAUUUUCCGGAAAGAGCCGAAGCAGGAGCAGGAGCAGGAGCAGAAGCGGUGGGAGUGAUAGAAGCGGGAGAAGUGGCAGAAGCGGGAGAAGUGGCAGAAGCGGGAGAAGUGAACGGAGCGAUGGAAGCCACCCUGGCAGUGACGACUGUAAGACCCAAAACAGCAGCUCGUUUAUGCGCAUGAAUAUGUCGAACCUUAGCUACUGCAGUGACGAGGUCAUGAACAAGGACUUCCUCAGUUAUAUGCAUCAAAGGCAGGGUGGAGGAGGGAAGCAGGUAGUAAAAUCUUACAUAAACAAUUUGAGUCAGCACUCCCAAUUCAAUGACUACUCUGUCGUUAAUAAAAACUACCCAAGUGACAGGUUCCCCAGUUAUGAGCACGCCCCUUCUCUUUCGAAUAGCACGAACAAGUAUGCCAGCCAAAAUUUGAUAUGCUACAAUAACAGCAGUGUGAGUUUGGAUCGGAAUCGUUUAGCCAACAAUUUGUUGGAUUCCAGUUUUAGAGAAAACUUCGGCGGCAGCUUCGUGAGGAACUCAGAUAUGUUUCCGUACCUGUUUCACUAUGGCCAUAACAGGGACUCCUCCAGUCUGCACAACGGGCAGGGCGCGCACGGAUCGUACGAAUCGCACGGAUCACACAGAUCGCACGGAUCGCACGGAUUGCACGAAUCGCACGGAUUGCACGGAUUGCACGGAUCGCACGAAUCGCACAGAUUGCACACUGGGAAAAAUGCACAUGGGUCACAUAAUCCGCGUAAGCCGCGCAGUACUGGCGCCCACCACGGGGAGAUUAAACAGAACCGCGUCAACACAGCAGAACUAAGGAGAUAUCGAAAUAGAAAUGUAUGA